UUAAUAGUUCUUCUUCUUCCAGACCCCGGGUCGGUUAUUCUCUUUCCUUUACUAGUUAGAUCAGUACUGUCCCAUGGAAUUUCCUGCAGUGAUGGAAGUGUUCUGCAUCUAUGUUGUGUAACUCAACAAAGUAGUCACUAGCACCAUGCGUCUUUUGAGCACUUGAAAUACAGCUAGUGUGACAGAGAAACUGAAUUUUCACUUUAUGUUAACCUGAAUUUAAAUAGCCACAUAUGGCUAGUCGCCAUCGCAUUGGACAACUCUAGGUUUUUACCUGGGUUUAUUUUCAGCUCUUGGCUACCUGUAACCCUUCUUAGGAUGCUAUUAUGUUAUUUACCUCUUUAAUACUCUCUUCUAAAAUUUGAGGACUAAAUUGCUUUAACAGCUCACUCCUUACUAGGAAAAGAAUGCUUUUCAUUUCUACUAGCAAAGACUAAAUUUAGUCUGCUAGUCUUUGCCCUCAUCUCCUGCUUGGUUUCUGCUUUAUAGUUUACCCCAAAUUGUUUUUUUAGAGAAUAACAUCUUUGUUGCUGUAGCUUCCCUGGGAUGAAUUUUCCACUUAGAGAUACAUUUUAUUACCUAGUCUUGCUAAUUAUCUGUAGCUUCUUUUUCAACAGUCUUUUUGAAGAGGCAAAAUCAUUUUUACCCCAGUAUUGGUAAAUUGAGCCAUAUAUGGCAGGACAGAUUUUAAGCCAGCUCAUGCUGGUUACUUUAUAAGGACUGAUGUAGUGAUAUGCCAGAGCAAAACAGACAUUCAAGAAUUUCCCUAGCUUGGAUAUCCUCUUAGGUUUCAGUUGUAGGUGAGUUGUCUUUGAAUCUAGAAUUUAGAGAUAACACUUAUUAGAAUAAUUGACUCAAUGUUAAGUGCUAGUAGAGCUAUUGAUUUUUGAACUGUAUCAGAAAAGUCAUCAGGUUUAUUACCAUUUCUGUGUUAAUGUGUGGAUUACUCUUGGAGAAAAUUUAGAUAACUGGUUGUGUUAUCUGAGUUCUCUCAUAACAGCUGCUACACAUGUUAUUUGGACAAAUUUUGAAACCAGGGGAUCUUAGCUUUAAAAUCACAACCACUUAGAGAACAGCCCAGACCCUAAGUGUUAUGAACAAAUGGAAUAAAGGCAAGGCAAGAUUGGGACCUGUGACCAACAUUCUUUAAAAAAAAAAAAAAAAUUGAUUUAUAUAUUUGGCUGUGUAGGGUCUUUCUUAGUUGUGGCACACAAGAUCUCUGCUGCAGUGUAUAAACUCUCCAUUUGUGGCGCAUGGGUUCCGGAGUGCACAGGCUUAGUUCCCUGAUCAGGCACUGAACCCACAUCCCCUGCAUUGCAAGGCAGAUUCUCAACCACUGGACCACCAGGGAGAUCCUCAGUAUUCUUGAUAUGUAUUUUUUAAAAGUAAUCCCAGUUAGUAGUGAAGAGAGGUGUGUCCAGUGUCUUAAUGUUUCUCAGAUUAUACUAAAGACCACCCCCCCUCCUUUUUUUUUCCUGUUCUUUUUUUGGAAGAUGGAGCCAAAAGUAUAUAGGCCUCUUUCUCUCCUCUGCUUCCCCCCAGUUUACAUUUUUCUUUUUAAGUUUGGGAAUUGUUGAUCUAGGAUUAGGAACCAAACCAGGUCAUCAAGCAAGAGAAACAGAUGUCAUAAUUUCUGGAUGUGGCUGGAAACAGGGAAAUGAGCAUUAAAGAUGGUCAGUAAACUGGGAACAAAGUCACGGUUGUGUAGGUCUUUGCUUUUUGGCAGCUCAUAGGCUGGAAUAGCUGUUUUAGGUAGUGAUUGUUACAUGGUUGUGAAAGGCUAUCUGUGAGGUAAAUGUGUUGUGAUUACAGGAGGAUUUAAGAAAUAACAGUUGAACCCCAUUCUCAGUAGCUUCAGUUCAGUUGCUCAGUCAUGUCCAACUCUUUGUGACCCUAUGGACUGAAGCACUCCAGGCUUCCCUGUCCAUCACCAACUCCUGGAGUUUGCUCAGACUCAUGUCCAUUGAGUUGGUGAUGCCAUCCAACCAUCUCAUCCUCUGUCCCCUUCUCCUCCUCUCAGUAGGUUAAUGGCUAGAUUAAAAUAUUACAACCUUGCCCCAUACUUGGCAUAAUAAUAGAAGAUAUUAACAUCAAGGUUAUAGCAAAUUCAAAAUUGUAGUCAACAUAAAUUAUUUUCUAACUGCCUCUGAUGCAUUCUUCUUGAAAUUGUCACAGUAUUAACUACUUAGCCUCAGUUUAUGUUGAGAUCUUAAGAUCUUUUCUGAUUGUAGCCUGUUAAACUGAGAUUAGGAUGAACGUCACGUGGUGUUUGAAAGGUGGAGAUGAGAAGUGUAUGUGAUGUCAUAUGGAAUUCACAUCGACUCUGGCAGCUCUGAUAUCUUAAGAAAUGGAUAAAUGCUAAGCUAGCAAUAAUGAAGAAUGAUUUAGUCUCUCAUAGGAUGUACUUCUCUCAUUCUUGAGUCGUGCAUAUGGCAUAGGCAUAGAAGUGUAGUUUUAAUUUUCUGUUGUAUGCAUAUGAGUAUUUUUGUAGUCCAGUGCAAAUUAAAGUGGAAAACUUGUAAUUAGCAGUGAUAGUAGUAGCAUGCUGCAGAACAAUUCUAAGUCAAUUGCAGGUAUUAAUAAAGGUAAAACAAAUGUGUGUCUAUUUCGUUUUCUUAUUUAGAGCUUUUACUCUCAAUCUGACAUCACUUUAUUGCAAAUGCAUUGUAAGACAGGAAGAACACUGAGAUAGUAUCGAAACCCACUUCCUUUUAUGUACAAAAAUAAAGAGCUCUGACAGCAAAACUGAUACUUCUAGUUGGAAAUCGAUAGAGACUCUCUUGAAAUAGGUAUACCUUUCAGCCAAAUAGGAACAGAGAGUAGAACCUUGAAAUUCAGUCAAAUGUUAAAACUAGUUUAUUGAUUUCUGUGUAAGGUGGAAGAACUUAGAAGUUUGUAGUUUUGGUUCCUAAUUUCCAGACAGGAAACAAUGUUCAGAGAAGAGCUUUAUGGAAUUCCAAGUCAAGAGCUUUCUGAGGAAAUAAACUGAAAAGGGAGGCUGUUUGCAGUAGAACUCCAAAAAGAAGAUCCUUCCCAAAAGUGUUUGGUCACAGUUCUUAAUACAGUAUCAUCUAGGCUGUCACAGCCAUCCUCUCCUCAUUCGGGCUGCCCAUCUCCUACCAUUCCGGCAGGUAAAGUCAUUUCUUCAUCACAGAAGCACAGCAAGAAGGCACUAAAGCAGGCACUAAAACAGCAACAACAGAAGAAACAGCAGCAGCAGCAAUGCAGGCCAAGCAUGUCCAUCUCCUCCAACCAGCACCUCUCUCUGAAGACUGUCAAAGCAUCCAGUGACCCUGUACCUGCCAAACCUGCGAUAUGGGAAGGAAAGCAAUCUGAUGGACAGUCAAGCAGCCCUCAGAACUCAAACUCUAGCUUUUCUUCUUCUUCGGUUAAAGUGGAAAAUCAUUUGCUGGGCCUGGGAAAGAAGUCAUUCCAGAGGUCUGACAGGCUCCACACAAGGCAAAUGAAGAGAACUAAAUGUGCUGAGAUUGAUGUUGAGACGCCAGAUUCCAUUCUGGUUAAUACAAACCUACGAGCGCUAAUCAACAAACACACCUUUUCAGUCCUUCCUGGAGACUGCCAACAGCGACUGCUUUUACUACUUCCAGAGGUGGAUCGACAGGUUGGUCCAGAUGGUCUGAUGAAGUUAAAUGGCUCAGCCCUUAAUAAUGAGUUCUUCACUUCAGCAGCCCAAGGCUGGAAGGAAAGACUUUCAGAAGGUGAGUUUACACCGGAGAUGCAGGUGAGAAUUCGACAAGAGAUUGAGAAGGAGAAAAAAGUAGAGCCGUGGAAAGAACAAUUCUUUGAAAGCUACUAUGGUCAGAGUUCUGGCCUGAGUCUUGAAGAUUCAAAGAAAUUGACAGCUUCACCCAAUGAUCCCAAAGUAAAGAAAACCCCAGCUGAGCAACCAAAAUCGACGCUUCCUUCAGAGGCCUCGCCUGUCAGUGUAGUCCCAGUAAUUCCCCAGUUAGAAUCUAAAGAGGAAGUACUGCAGAUGCCAUCACCAGUCAGAAAAGAAGAGCGUGAAAGCCAAGAUAAGACGCAGCCACACUCCACAGAGCCCCUUCUUUCCCCAGCUACCAAUACAAAUGAGCUUAGCAGCAUUCCUCCCAUCAAGUGCCCGAAGGAUGAGGCUCUUGUGGAGCAAAAGCCAGUUGCCUCUGCUGAACAGGAAUCUGAGAAAGAGAAUCAUCUCACUACAGCUUCAAAUUAUAAUAAAAAUGAAAGCCAGGAAGCUUUAGUUACUUCCCUGAGCAAACCCAAGAGUCCUGGGGUAGAAACAAUAGUAAUGAAGCCCACAGUAGAAGCAGGUCCCCAGGAGACAACUAUGAAAGAGCCUCCAUCAACUCUGGCUGAUCACAGCCCAGAAAGCCUCAAGAGGAAAUCUCUCACCCAAGAAGAGGCCCCGACAAGCUGGGAGAAAAGGCCGCGUGUCACUGAGCAUCGCCAGCACCAGCAGCCAUUUCAAGUCUCCCCACAGCCCUUUCUCAGUAGAGGGGACAGGUUCCAGGUGCGGAGAGUACCACCUCUCAAGAUCCCGGUCUCCAGAAUCUCUCCCAUGCCGUUUCCUACAUCGCAGGUCUCUCCCAGGGCUCGUUUUCCAAUCUCCAUCACUAGUCCUAACAGAACAGGAGCCAGAACCCUUGCAGACAUCAAAGCAAAAGCCCAGCUUGUCAAAGCACAGAGGGCCGCCGCCGCCGCCGCCGCCGCAGCCGCUGCUGCCGCCUCAGUUGGAGGGACCAUUCCAGGACCUGGCCCAGGCGGUGGACAGGGUCCAGGGGAGGGGGGUGAAAGGAGAACUGCUAGAGGAGGGGAUCCUGACUCAGACAGAGUCAGUGAGCCCGGCAAGGGCCCCACACUGGAACUGGCAGGAACUGGAAGCAGGGGAGGUACGAGAGAGCUUUUACCCGCUGGGCCAGACACUCAGCCCCAGUCUGAGACCCGGACCGCAGGCCAGCCACAGCCUCAUAGUGGCCCUGGAGCACAACUACAGCAAACCCCCUCAGUGCCUCCCACAUCUGCCUUCGGUGGAGCAUGCGCAGGUGUCCCCUCCCCAGCCCACAUUCAUGCACUCCCGCCAGCUUUAGGAAAAUUAAGUAAUGAAAAACUAAAUCCCCCCAGGGCAACAGGCAUGGUGGCCUCUCUCAGCCAGCCCCAAGGGCCCAGUAAUGGUAGGCAGGAGAAAGCACCUCCAGCUCCAGCAGAUCCUGCUCUGAUCAUGGGUGCCUCGCCUGUUCAUUUUGCAGCCACUGGCGCAAUGGAGCCUAAAGCAGGUUCUAGUAAGACUGCCCCAAAUCCUCCGGCCUCAGCAGAGAUAAGUGCUAGCGCCUCAGUGGAUACAACCACCUCCCCUUUAACAUCUCUGUUAACAACAGCCACUUUAGAGAAGCUCCCUGUGCCCCAGGUCAGUGUAACCACAGCGCCUACCGGAUCAGCUCCAUCCUUGAGCACUUUGCCGGCAGCCUCUAGCCUUAAAACUCCGGGAACUUCUUCACAUAUGAAUGGACCCAUUUCAAGGCCAAGCUCUAGUAUCCCUGCUAAUAAUCCUUUGGUAACUCAGCUGCUGCAGGGCAAAGAUGUUCCAAUGGAGCAAAUUCUGCCUAAACCUCUUACCAAAGUUGAAAUGAAAACUGUUCCACUCACUACAAAAGAGGAGAAGGGAGUAGGAGCACUCGUAGGUACCAGCGUGACAGAGAACAGCACCAGAGAGGAAGUUCAUGAGAGACAGUCCCAUCCAGCUGCACAGCACCUGGGUAAAACUUUGCAAAGUAAGCAGCUCCCCCAGGUUCCAAGACCCCUGCAGCUCUUUUCAGGUAAGGAUCUAAGGGACUCUGGCAUUGACACACACCAGUACCAAGAAGGACUCAGUAAGGCCACCCAAGAUCAGAUUCUUCAGACUCUCAGCCAGAGGGUUCGGAGGCAGAACAUUCUCUCAUUUGUGCAGCCCUCACAGUUCAACUUGACUCACUCAGGUUUCCCGUUAGAGGACAUUUCCACAAGCCAGAGGUUCAUGCUGGGUUUUGCUGGCAGAAGGACAUCCAAGCCUGCGAUGGCAGGUCACUACUUACUUAAUAUUUCCACCUAUGGCCGGGGUUCAGAGAGCUUUAGGAGGACCCAUUCUGUGAACCCCGAAGACCGAUUUUGUCUGAGUAGCCCCACUGAGGCCUUGAAAAUGGGAUACACAGACUGUAAAAAUGCAGCAGGAGAUAGUAGCAGCGGGAAGGAAGAUGAUACUGACGAGGAAAGUACUGGUGAUGAGCAAGAAUCUGUCCUGGUAAAGGAGGAGCCACAGGCUUCUCAGAGUUCUGGCAAGUGUGAUGCAAGUUCAGGACCCCACAGUAGAGAAACCCUGUCCACCAGUGACUGUUCAGCUAAAAAGAAUGUGAAGGCAGAGACACCAGUGCCUGAGCAAACCCCUUUAAGUAAGGAGAAUUACCUGUUCACUCGAGGCCAAACCUUUGACGAGAAGACCCUAGCCAGAGAUUUUAUUCAGGCAGCACAGAAGCAGAUGGCUCAUGCAGUGAGAGGUAAGACCAUGCGGAGCAGCCCAGAGCUUUUCAAUUCUACAUCUCUUCCUCUGCCUGCAGACAGUCCUACCCAUCAAUCUCUCCUCCUCCCACCACUGCAAACCCCAAAGCUGUACGGGAGCCCCACACAGAUCGGGCCAAGCUACAGAGGCAUGAUCAACGUCUCCACCUCAUCAGACAUGGACCGUAACUCCUCUGUCCCGGGGAUGCCCGACUGUAGUCAGGUGUCUAGCAGUGUUGGUGAUGUCAUGUCCUUUUCAGUGACUGUCACAGCCAUCCCUGCCAGCCAGGCCGUGAAUGCCGGCAGCCGCGGCCAGACCAUUCCUGUUCAGGCCUUCCCUGAGGAGAGCAGCGUAGAGGACACACCUUCCAAGUGUUACUGCCGGUUGAAAGCCAUGAUCAUGUGCAAGGGCUGCGGAGCCUUCUGCCACGACGAUUGCAUUGGCCCCUCCAAACUCUGUGUCUCCUGCCUUGUUGUUCGGUAAUGAGAUCAGAAGGAGAGCUCUCUGUAAAGGAGACAGGAAUGGGGAAGGGUUGACAGAUGUGGUUUUUGCCAUUCUUUUGGAAUCAUAGAAAUAAACUAGGUUUCAGUUUCAGUUGUCUUAAGAGACAAGUGUUGCUUAAUCAGGAACACAGAGUACAGAUCUUACAUUUUAGAGAAAGAGCACCUUGUAUAGUACAAGUCAAGCAAGACUUUGUGAAUUUGUGACAAGUUUGCACUUACAAAAUCAUGUAAAUAUGUCACAUCUUGUUUUAACAUUUUUCCAGGUGUUUAGGUAAUGAUGUAUUACUUUGACUUCAGAUUGCUGUUCCACUUCAUGUGACUGAAAAGUUUAAUGCCACACAUGGUAAAAGGCAGUGAUUUCCCUUCUGCCCUUUCCUAAGAGGCUAGGGAAAGGAAGGAGUGGAGGAAUGGUCUGAGGAAAUGACUGUUCAUGUUGAUUAUGUCUUGACAGUCUGACCGCAGGCUUUGCAUAUAGAUUCUUCAGGCUUUGCAGAAUUUAGAUUGAGGGUUUACUCACUCCCUUUACCUAGGUGGAACCUGCUCCAGUUGUUAUUUUUGAUAAGGCAUUAAUUUCAUAGUUAGUGUUUCUGACUCUGAAAGUUCUGCGUUGGUUCUUGGUUUCCACAGCCCAGUCCUGUUGCCAGGCGUUCUGCUUGCGGUCUAUGAAUCCCUGCCAUUCCCUACUCCCACUUCUUGCCCUGAAGAGAGAGUUGCCUCACUAGACCCCUCAGGUCACCAUCCCCUGUGCAGGGCAGUGAUUCCAGCAAUAAUCUCUGAGGAUUCAGUCAUUCAUGGGAGCUUACAAACAAGUUUGAAAUACUAGUAGAAAAUUAACAGAGAAGUGUCAGUGAUAGGGUGUUUUGUUGGGUAAGUGGAGUUAAGGUGCAGAAAUUUCUGAACUGAAUUUAAGGAACUUUGGAAGACAAUUUUAACACUAGAAACAAAGUAGCCCCUCUCUCUCCCCCAUUCUCUCCAACCUGUUACCUAAUGUUCUACAGUCAGCUGUAUCUACAGGUAGAAAAACCUCAUUAAACCACAUUUGCCCCAUGCUGUUUUAUCUGUUUUGACCUCCCAGGCAUUUGAGGAGCAUGGAAAUCAUCUUAAUUAUAUUACUUUGAACAGAUAUGUGUGGCAUACACAUUGUAAAAGUCAGACACUUUUUCCUAUUUUCCUAUUUUAGAAAACAUGUCCCCUGUUUUGGAUUACUGCUGUCUACACAUUAGAAGUUUCUAAUGUAAAGGGUCUUUAGUGAAUGACUAAGGAAACAUCUAGAAAGGAAGAGAAAUCAGCUCCAAAUUUUUGUUUGUUCUUUUUUUUGGUUUCCUUUUUGUUGAAUCCUGUCUCUCGUAAAUGAAGAAUUUUUGAAUACAUGUGUUUAAGUCAUGGUUAAAGAACAUGAAAAUAAAUCUACAAUUUACCAGAAUUUGGUAUUAAAAAGUU